GUCCGUACACUCGCCAAUUUGGAUCUCCCGCAACAAUCGCUCCAAAUGAAUGUCAUUGAGAAGCGGCAACACUUGAAGUCGCUGCCGAUCUUACCGUACUCAGAGUGCAAAGCAGGAAUACUUAUUGGUUUGGACCAUGCCAAGCUUAGCCUGCCUUUAGAAAUUCGUGAGAGCAAAGAUGACGGCCUGAUUGCUACGCGUUGCAAACUAGGGUGGUCGGUUUAUGGUCGAGAUGGCCGCGAACAAUUGACGGAGGCGCGCUUAAUGCACAUUUGCCCCUGUACGAAAUAUAGUGAUUUGGACACUCUGAUGCGCUCGUACUUUUCUUUCGAGGCGGUUGGAAUUAGCCCAUAUGUUAAGCCUUUAGUUUCAACAGAAGAUGAGCGGGCUCUCAAAAUAAUGGAAAAAACGACCAGAUAUAUCGCGCAUGAGAAAAGGUGGGAAACGGGCCUCUUGUGGCGAUACGACCAUGUCGAUUUACCCGACUCCUAUGCUAUGGCUCGCAAGCGACUCGAAUGUUUGGAGAAGAAAAUGAAUAAAAACGCGGCCUUAAAGGAUUACCUUUAGAACGAAUAAAAGACUACAUAAUUAAAGGCUAUGUAAAAAGGUUAAAACCAUGUGAGGUUUCAAAUGGAGGCAAGUCGUGGUUUGUACCGAUGUUCACCGUCA